AUGCCGAGCUCCUCAGAAGAAGCACGAUCAUUUCCCACGAGUGGACUUCAAACCAUCGAGGCCAAUCAAAUAGUCGAGGAGGAGAAACUGUAUGGUUACCGGGCAGAUCGAUUUUUUGCUGUUCAAAUGGAGGAGGCUUUCCAAGAACGUUACCAAACAGUCGCAAAUCUUGAAUUUUGGUUCGUCAUCAACUAUUUGGCUAACUCGGGAUCUGAAAGACCAUCAAUAUGUCGCCGUGAAAGUGCAUUCGAAGGACGUGAAAUCCCAGACCCGACAUUGGUGCCUGUCCGUGAUGAUAGACCAAACCAUCCUAGUCUCCUCGAAUUGCUAGGUGGAGAUAUUACCGGUUGCAACGCGGAGCAACUGAGGGUGAAGCUCCAGUGGCACAACAACAAUAAAAACCUGCCGGACAUGGCAAUCCAUGAACUCCAGACCAUUAAUGAAGACGCCAUGAGGGAUGUUGAAAGAGACUUGGGAGCUAAUACCCUGCUAGUUAUCGAAUUUGGAGCCCUACGUGGCACGGAUAUCGCGAUCUCUACACUAUCAUGGCAUCAAACAACAGAAGAUAUUUCCAACAAGUUCCUGAACAGCUCCUCUCUCCCCAAUUCAAAGCGAGAUUUACAUCUUUCGGCCUGUGAGGGCAUGGUCGAGAAAAACAACCUAGAUCAAGACCAGAGCAUAGACCGGGACACACAGGUUGUAAUAUUAACGAAAGGCCAUCUCACAGGCUCCUCACUAGACGUGGCAUUACAGAGUCCCAAAAAACCCGUGUUGGAUGGAGUAUGUAGUUGUAACGGCCAAGCCCCACCCGUGUACCCAGUUGAGAGAUGCCCUCGGAGGGAACAAAAGUCCGGAAUGAAUCCGGUUUUCAAGACCUCAGAUGAAGCCUACAAGCUAAUGAAUCCAUGUUGCACACAGUAA